UAAAAGACGAUUAAUUUAAAACAUACUGUCGGUGUCCCAGCCGCACGAAUAGUUUGUCUGUAUGUACAGUGACAGUUUUGAAACAGGGGGUCAAAAUAAAUGUUAAAAUUUGAAUUUUUUGGAGUCCGCGAGUGUAUAUGAGUGUUUAUAAUUUAAAUACGGAAUUCCAAGGGGUUUAAAACGGAUUCUCUAUACACGCGAGGGAUCAUUUUUAUUUUUUAAAUUUUUUUUAAGACCGUGGUCAAAUCUACAUACAUGUCAUCCCCUUAAGAUUCCACAUCACAGAAAUAUUUAUUUCAGAGGAUAUAAUAGGAGAUAUUGUGAGAAAACAUUUUUAAAAAUAAAUAAAUAUGAAAGAAGAAAUUGUAUCACCAAAUACAAGAACUCCUGUUUCAAUAUUGCAAGAAACCCUGUUGAAACAGCAUAUAACCCCUUGUUUCAAUACGGUAUUCAAUGGUACAGGUAAUGAAGGUACCUUUUUUAAAAUAGAAGUUAGAGCUGGAGACAAAACAGAAUUUGGAGUAGGAAGAUCAAAGAAAGAAGCCAAACAUAAUGCAGCAAAGAAUAUGUUACGUAUUAUGUCAGAGGAAGAUAGUAAAAUUGGGAAGCUCAUAUCAUCAGAACCAGUGAUAAAUUUAUCGUCAACCGAUACCAUCAGUGAAAAUUCAGUCGGAUUGUUAUGCAAUUUCUGCAACAAAAAGCAAAUCGCUCCACCGGUUAUUACACUCGAACGAGAAGAAGGGCCAUCACAUGCCAAAAUGUUUGUUAUGAUCUGUAAAGUGUUGUCAUUUACUAGUCAUGGUAAAUCUUUCAAAAAAAAGAUAGCGAAACAAAAGGCUGCACAAGCUAUGUUGGCAAUACUAAAUAAAAACUUUGGAGAUGAUGAUACAUCAGAAGAAAAUCAGACGAAUGGUGAAGCUAAGGGAAAAGAAGACCAAGAUGUUGAUACGAGUAAAGGAAAGUGUCAGGAAGAAGAGACGACAUGCAACAAGAUUCCAAAACUUGAAGGAAAAGAAGUGGACAGUUUAGAUACAUCAAAAACCCCAAUCUGUGAAAAAAGAAAAUUUCAAGAAGAGACGACAUGUAUCAAGAAAGCAAAGCUCUAUGAAAAUGUCGAGGACAGUUUAAAUACAACAAAAAGCCAAAGCCUUGAAAAUGGCAAAUUACAAGAAGAGACAAUAUGCAAGAAAGAAAAACUUGACAUACCUAAUGAUGAGAUGAAUGAAUUUUUACAGUAUGUGGAAAAUGAAUUAAAGCUGUUGGAUUCAGAAGAAAAGCGAAACAUGGCAAAAGAAAUGAUUAAGAAAAUAUUCAAUUCGUUAAAUGAAAAGGAAAACGGAGAUUCAAGCGAGUUGACUAUUGAAGAAAAGUUUGCUGCAGUAAAUAAAGUUGUGAUUAAGUUAUUAAAAGAGAAAAACAUUGAGCUGUGGAAAUGCCGGAAAGCGAUUGUUCAAGUGCCAAUUGCAGACCAUUAUAAGAUUUUGUGCAGUGAACCGUUUGCUAAUAAAUCACAAACUUUGACUUCCCUGAAGAAUAGGUAUAAAGCUGAAGAAAUCGCCCUUUUAGACAAUCUACAAGAGACAUUCAAAACAAUAAUGGAGGAUUAUUGUUGGACCUAUUCAUUUAAAAACUUAGUACCAGAAAACGAUAGUUCUCAACAAGAUGACCAAAAAAGAGAAAUAUUCAUUUCUCUUGAUGUUAAAUCAGUGCCACCGUGGAGUUUUGUAGAAAACGGCAAUACAGAAGAUGAAGUGAAAAAGAAAUUAAUUGCCACUGCCAUGAACUUUUUAUACGAAAUGACUUCCAAAAAUCAUGGGGCAAUCUUUCAGGAUCUUUAAUUCAUAUGCUAUUUGACUGAUAAUAAAUCUCAUUAAUUUAAAAUUUGUAUAAAAUGUACAGUUUUGUAAAUAUAUAAAUACUUGAAAUUUAGGUCGCAAAAUCA